AUGUUGCCGAUUUCGGAUUCUUUGGUGGAAGAUCGGGACUCCACGCAGAAGGGAAAAGUGAUUGUGUGUGCUGGAAGUACGGGAGUUGGAAAAUCAGCUCUGGCCCUUCAUCUAGCCAGAAUGAUUAAUGGCAAUAAUGAUCAUGAAAAUAUGAAAUGGAAGUCUGCAGCCAUCAUCAAUGCCGAUGUCAUGCAAAUAUAUGAAGGCUUGCCAAUCACUACAAACAAACCAAGUGAUUCCGAACUGAAAGAAAUUAAACAUCAUUUUGUUGGAGAAAAGCAAGGGGUAGUAUCAGAUCGAUCUCAGCUUUACACUGUUUUAAAUUACAAGAAAGAUUGUCAUGAAUUAUUUGAAAAGGAUUUAUUUAAACGAGAUGUUGUUCCAAUUAUUUGUGGAGGAACAAAUUAUUAUAUUCAAUCUGUAAUUUUCGAUCAAUAUUUGAUUGGUUCAGCCGAAGAAUCGAAUGGAGCGGAAUAUAACGAGACAAAAAGGGAUGACGACAGCGAGGAUUUAAAAAAAUAUACACACGAAAGACUUAAAGAAAUAGAUCCAGAGUCGGCCGCUCUCAUACACCCAAAUGAUAUUCGAAAAAUCAAAAAAAGAAUUUUAUUAUAUGAAAAAGAGCAACGAGUGUUUACCCAAGUUAUUGACUCUAAAAAAGAGGAGCAAAGAACAUUGAAGUAUGACACUUUAUUUUUUUAUUUGGCUUGUGACAAUCGAGGAGUAUUGAGACAACGGAUUGCGGAUAGAGCGGUCCAAAUGAUGGAAAAUGGUCUCCUCCAAGAAGUGGUUAACUUUCAUGAGUAUCUUUUCAAGAAUAAGGAUAAGCUUAGUAUUUCAUUUGAACAUGGCGUGUUACAAUCAAUAGGAUAUAAGGAAUUUCUGCCUUAUCUGAAAUACUUGGAAGAAAUCAAUGAUAUUGGUGACAAAAAUCAAAAUGAUGAAUCAAUUUUAAAGAAAAAGAGUGAAUUGAAGAAACAGUGUUUAGAAGCUCUCAUCAAUGGAACCUUUAAGUAUGCAAAAAAACAAGAAACUUGGUAUAGAUCUUCAUGGGCUAAUGCAAAAUUACCGCUCAUCAAGCAAGGAAUUCUCUACAGAUUUGACAUAUCAACAACACCUGUUGACGUCAUUAUGGAAAGUGCCUCACAGAUUGCACGUCACUUCUUGGAAGGUAAAGAAAUUCCUCAGCAUCUUGUUGACUCUUAUCAAGUCAAGGAACCUCACCAAAAACCAUCAGAUCAGUCAGGAGAUGAAAACAAAACCUAUUGGUGUGAAAAAUGUAAUAGCACUCAUCAAGGAUAUUCGGAAUAUCGAGCUCAUCUUAAAUCAAGACUUCACAAGAAACGAAAAAACAAAUCGCCUCUUCCCACGGUGAGUGUGAAUGGAGAGGAAACGACUGAAUCCAAAGUUCCUAAAGCAUCGUCAAGCAACAACGAGUCUCCAGUUGAUAUUUCCUCCAUGAAUUGCUUCACAACAACGACCACACUAUCUGAAAAUUGUUCCAAUGCAAGUAGCAAUAACGAGUCCAACUCAAGUAGCAACAGCAGUGAAAAUCUUUCUUGUUGA